AUGGAGAAAUCACUCCUUGCUAUGUUUUUACUGAUUCUUCCAGAGCUAGUUUAUGGAAAUCUUUUAGAAAAAAAUGAAAAGAAGCUACAGGAGGCAUAUGGGGUAGCUGGAGGGAUAGCAGAGCAGGCAUUUUCUUCAAUCAAGACUGUUCAUUUGUAUGUUGGAGAGGAAAGGAUGAUGAGGCGUUUAUCAACCGCAUUACACCCCACUCUAAUUCUUGGAAUCAAACAAGGUUUAUUGAAGGGAUUUUUUUCAGUAGCUUUGGAAUCUUAUUUGCGGUUUUUGCACUUUUUAACUAGUAUUCUUAAUAGUUUUCUCAACAAUCAUUACAAUGGUCUUGGAGCUUCUUUAAUGAACAUCAAGCAUUUUGCUAAAGCCAAGAUUUUAGCAUCCCUAAUUAGUGAAAUCAUUAACAGGGUCCCACCUAUAGACUCAACAGACAGACAAGGAAAAACAAUAUCCAUAGUCAAUGGUGCAUUAGAGUUCAAAGACAUUGAUUUCACGUACCCUUCAAAACCAGAAACUUUGGUGCUAAAAAAAUUCAAUCUCAAAGUCAAUGCCUGUCAAACAGUUUGA